AUGUCGUACGACCGUCCGAGCAAUGAGUACGACUACCCACGACCGCCAUACGCCAAUCAUACCGCGCCACAUGGAACAGUCUCGCCCGUGAGUGGUCGUGGCUCCAUUCGAUCGUUCCAGCAGAAUAACGCGUGGCGACCUUCAGGACCACCUUCGAUCCAAGAGUCAGCACCACCUUCGCCAGCCAAAAGGAUAGCACAACCACAUCAUUACCAGGCAGCACCGCGAAACGAUUACCACAAUGAUCCGACCUCUCCAGCACCGUUCAGCAGACAUACGAAUUCGGUCUCUAGCAGAAGCAGCUACGCAAGCUACGGUGUUCCUGCGACAGCUCAGGUUGGUGUUCGUGUGAACGGACGACGACUCUCACCGCCGAUGGAGGCGUACUCGAACGCUGGAGCACUCCGCGACAUUGACAAUCUGUAUGGUGGCCGGACUAUGAUCACACCUUCUCCUGAACCCCAGGAGACGCCUGCGGAUCGUCCUUUUGGCAAGCCACCGGUUCAGUACGCAGAACCUAAGGUGCUUCUAGGGCCUGAUCACAGGGCAGCAACUUCACAGAACUCGGUCGCGCCUCUCUUACCUGCCGCUCAGGCUGCUCAGCCGGAAUAUGAGGAUGAUGGCAGGCCGCACAUGCAGCAUAGAAGAAGUAUGCCACUUUUCGAGGCUGCGGGCAUGCGGGAUUCCUAUGAACAGAACUAUGUGAAUCAGCAGGGCGAUGGGUAUGACGACCGUGAUGAUCACAUGCCUCGUGGCGCAAGUCAUGACUUUGACAACUUCCAUGAGCAACUCACACCACAACAGCGACAAAUGGAGUUGAUGUCUGAUAUGCCUCGUCGUGUUCCAGUGGCCUCUCGUGUGCCCGAUAGUGCAAGAGGUGCUGGAGGCUAUGCACCUGCUCCGGCGAGCAGAGCACGCGGCAUAGACUCCGAUCACGGUGACCUGCGAGGUGACGAAGAUCGAGCACGAAAACGUCGAAAGUGGACGGUGCUCAUCAUCAUUGGCUGCAUAGUUGCUGCGGCAGCCGCUGGAGCUAUAGUAGGCGGUGUUCUCGGUGUGAGAAAGUCGAACAAGACCCAUGGCACUGCAGGCACUGGGUCAGGCUCCGGUAACAGCAAAGGACUAUACGACAUCAACUCGUCUCAGGUUCAGACAUUACUCAACAACAAGAAUCUGCAUCGCGUGUUCCCAGGCAUGGACUACACGCCGCUGAACGCACAGUACCCGGCUUGUCUCACGAACCCACCUGACCAGAACAAUGUCACGCUUGAUGUGGCCAUGCUAGCCCAGCUCACCCCAGCUAUAAGAUUGUACGGCACAGACUGCAACCAGACAGAAAUGGUCCUCACAGCCCUCAACCAGCUGAAUUACAACAGUAGUAUACAGAUCUGGCUCGGAGUCUGGCUAGGCAACAACGCUACUACAAACACCAGGCAAGUGGACCAGAUGUACGACAUUCUGUCCACCUACCCAUCCUCCCACUUCGCCGGCGUAAUCGUUGGCAACGAAGUCCUUUUUCGCAAGGACCUGACCGAAGCAGAGCUCGGCCAGCAAUUGCAGGAUGUGCGAAAUAACCUCACAGCGAAGAACAUCCAUCUCCCAAUAUCGACUUCCGACCUAGGAGACGACUGGACGGCCUCCUUAUCGGCGGACACAGAUAUCAUCAUGUCCAACAUCCACCCUUUCUUCGCGGGAGUCACACCAGACGAGGCACCAGCCUGGGCGGAUAACUUCUGGCAGACACACGACGUGGUCCUCGCUGACGCCUCUGCCUCGGGCAAGGGCUGGCCAAGCAACAUCAUCUCUGAGAUCGGAUGGCCGAGUGAGGGCGGCAAUGACUGUGGAACUACGAAUGCUUGUGCUAAUGCUACUGCCGGGGCGGUAGCGAGCGUGGAGAACAUGAAUACUUUUAUGGACGGGUGGGUUUGUCAGGCGCUGGCUAAUGGGACGACGUACUUUUGGUUCGAAGCUUUCGAUGAGCCUUGGAAGGUCCAGUUCGAUACUGACACAGACAAGUGGGAGCCGAGAUGGGGUCUCAUCGACUCCAACCGUAACGUCAAAUCGGGUCUGAAGAUCCCUGAUUGUGGUGGAAAGACACUCUCGACAGCGUAUUGA